CCUCGACCGAGUCCUGAGAAAAAAAGCACCCCCCCCAUUUUUUCUUCUCCCAAACCACCCUCAGUCGACGGCUCCUGUCGCUGACGGAAGGAGGAGGCGGAGCGCCGCCACCAACCCCCGUGACGCCACUUCUCCGCGCCGGCCUUGUCGAGCCCGCUCAGCGCAGCAGCCUGCGGGCUUGUUUCUACGUCGGGCUAAGGCUCAGGAGGAGGAGGAGGAGACAGCGACGACGUGGCAGAGAGAUGGCACCCCUGGUUAUCUUUCAGAUGUCUUGACUCUCCAGCUGCUGCUGACCAUGGGUCUGAAAGCCAAGUCCCAGCCACCAACGGUGGAGAUUCCUGUCAGAGUGGCUGUCCGUGUUCGACCCUUGCUGCCCAAGGAGCGGCUGCACGGGCACCAGACUUGCCUACGAGGUGACCCAGAGACUAAGGAAGUUACCCUGGGGCGCAACCGCCAUUUCCACUUUGACACUAUCUUCACUGAAUCCUCACACCAGGAGUCUGUGUAUACUACUUGCGUGCAACCUCUGGUAGAAGCUUUCUUUGAAGGCUUCAAUGUUACUGUGUUUGCCUAUGGCCAGACAGGCUCAGGGAAGACCUACACCAUUGGAGAAGCUAGUGUCUCUUCUGUCAAUGAGGAUGAACAGGGCAUAAUCCCACGAGCCAUGGCUGAAGCCUUCAGGAUCAUGGAUGAGAAUGACCUGCUUGAUUACACGGUCCGCAUAUCUUACUUAGAAGUGUAUAAGGAGGAGUUCCGGGACCUGCUGCAAGUGGAGACAGCUAGCAAGGACAUACAGAUCCGGGAAGAUGACAAGGGCAAUAUUGUGCUGCACGCGGUGAAGGAGACUGAAGUCGAGGGUCUAGAUGAGGUUCUGAGCCUGCUGGAAAUGGGCAACAUGGCCAAGCACACUGGGGCCACCCACAUCAACAGAAAGUCGAGUCGCUCACACUCCAUCUUCACUGUGACAAUGGAGCAGCGGCGUAGUGCUGGGCGUCUUACUCGUCUCGCCCUUCAAGAGAAGUUCUUGGUUCCAGCCUCCGGCCAAGUUCUUUCCUCGAAAUUUCACUUUGUUGAUCUGGCUGGCUCUGAGCGGGUGAUGAAGACGGGGAAUACUGGGGAGAGGCUCAAGGAGAGCAUCCAGAUCAAUAGUAGCCUGCUGGCACUGGGCAAUGUAAUCAGCGCAUUGGGGGACCCCCGCCGGAAAGGCACUCACAUUCCUUACCGGGAUUCCAAAAUUACCAGAAUCCUGAAAGAUUCUCUAGGUGGGAAUGCCAAGACUGUGAUGAUUGCCUGCAUCAGCCCUUCCUCCUCUGAUUUUGAUGAAAGCUUGACCACGCUGAAUUAUGCCAACCGUGCUCAGAAUAUCAAGAACAAGGCGGUGGUGAACUGCCGUAAGGAGACAGAACAUGUAGAAGAGUUACAGCUGCAGAUAAAGAGCCUGCAGAGGGCACUAGAGCAGCGGCAUCGCUCGGAGACCCGCAUCAUCAACCGUUCGGAUGCUCCCAUCAAGCGGCACUCGCAGGAUAGUGCCUCCCGCUUGCAUGCAGAGUGCAACCGCUACAGGAAUUGUACUGAUGCUGCAUACCAGCUCUUCAUGGAAUUGCAAGGGGAAGGCAAUCUGACUAUGGACCAGAUUCUGCGGGUGAAGGACUGGUUGUGUGCUGUGGAGAGUGAGAGAAGUGAACUGAGCUCAUCCUCUGGCUUAGACAGUGGUAUUGAGAGCACAUCAGCAGAAGAUCAGAACCACAAAGCAGCAAGUUCCAAGCUGAUUAAGUCUCAGGAGCAAGAAGACCACACGGAAGGAACUGAGGCAGUGAAAGAAGAAGAUACGGCAAAGCUGGAGAAGCAAGUGGAGCAUUUAGAGGAGGAGAAUCGGGAUUUUCUAGCUGCCCUCGAGGAUGCCAUGGAGCAAUACAAACUGCAGAGUGACAAGCUGCAGGAACAACAAGACAUCAUCUGCAAACUACAAAUGUACCUGCAGAUGAAGAUGCCAAAUCUGGGUGUGCCUGAACUGCUGCAGAACGUCUUCCUGGUGCAACUUAGCCAGAGGCCUCACACAGCUCCUGUGGGUGCUGCCCAGUCCCACCAACGGCUUAUUAGGCUUCCCCAUAAUAGCCAUAGCAAGCUCUGCAGUGUCCCAGCUCACAAUGGGAAGGACUUGUUGGGAUAUCACCAAAGACUCGCUCAAGGCUUGGUAUGCAGCUUGGAAGCUAGUGAUACGAUACAAACACAGGAGCUUGACAAGGCUUCAGAGCAGCCAGUGGAGCCAUCUGUGGAGGAGGAAGACCAUGAGCCAAUGCGGUCCCUUUACCAGCGCAGAAAUGGGAUCUACAGCUAUAACAAGGAGAACGUUUUAAACAAGAGGAGCAGCAGGAAAUGGCACAUAAGCAAGCCAGCACUGGUCCAGGAGGAGCUUCCAGAAUCAUCCAAAGAGGAGUGCAGGAGACCAGAACUGAGCAAUUGUGGAGAAGAUUUUUCAGGGAAAGAUUCAGAGUGGCGGCUACUUCAAGCCCACCAGAAGAUCCGUGAGCUGGCAAUCAACAUCCGCAUGAAGGAGGACCUGAUUGUGGAACUCAUCAAGACAGGCAAGCAUGCCCAGACUAUGAACAAGCAAUAUUGUCAGAAGAUCUGUGAUCUGGAACAGGAGGCAGAACUGGUGCGAGUGGAAUUAAAUGAUGGCCAGAGGCAGCUGCAGGAGCUGGAAGGCAAGGAGCCCCGAAACCCUGCGGAGAAGCGGAAGCUCCAGGAGUAUCGUACCAAAGUGGCCACGGCUCAGAGCAAGGCAAAGAUUCUGCAAGAGAAGAAGCAAGUGACGGAGAGGCUGGUAUCUCUCUCUGCUCAAAACGAGAAGCGCUUGCAGGAGCUGGAGAGGAAUGUGCAGUUGAUGCGGCAGCAACAGGGGCAACUUCAGAAGCGCCUGCGGGAGGAGGUGGAGCAGAAGCGGCGCCUGGAGACCGAGAUGCACAAAGGGCAGCAUCGUGUCAAGGAGUUGGAGCUGAAGAACGAGCAGCAUGAGAAGAUCCUGCGCAUCAAGACUGAGGAGAUAGCAGCAUUCCAAAGGAAGCGCAGGAGCGGCAGCAACGACUCCAUGAUCAGCCUGGAGCAGCAGCAGAAAAUUGAAGAGCAGAAGAAGUGGUUGGACCUAGAGAUGGAAAAAGUCCUUGAGCAGCGCCGUGCCUUGGAUGAGCUGGAAAAUGAGCUGACCAAACGGGAAGCCAUAGUAGCAAAGAAGGAAGCUCUCCUUCAGGAGAAGAACGGCCUUGAAAACAAGAGACUCCGCUCUAGCCAGGCCUUGAAUGAUGACAUCAUGAGGGUGUCCAGCCGCCUGGAGUACCUGGAAAAGGAACUGAUGCAGAAGAGUGGGCAGCUUUGCCACAGCAGCGGCCAUGAUCAACAGCAGAUCCGGCAAGAAAUUAACAACUUGCGUCAAGAAAAGGAUCAAUUGCUCAAACAAAGGCUGGAGAUAGACAACAAGCUGCGCCAGGGCACCUUGCUGUCCCCAGAGGAGGAACGGGUUCUUUUCCAGUUGGAUGAAGCCAUUGAGGCACUAGAUGCUGCUAUCGAGUACAAAAACGAGUCAAUCACUUGCCGACAGCGUGUUCUGCGGUCCUCUGCCAGUCUCCUGUCCCAAUGUGAGAUGAACCUCAUGGCCAAACUCAGCUACCUCUCAUCCUCCGAGACCCGGGCACUGCUGUGCAAGUACUUUGAUAAGGUGGUGACUCUGCGGGAGGAUCAACACAGGCAGCACAUUGCGGUUUCAGAACUGGAAAUGCAGCUGGAGGAGCAGUUGCAGCUGGUGUUUUGGCUGGAAGUCGCUCUGGAGCGCCAGCGCUUGGAGAUGGACCGCCAACUCACACUGCAGCAGAAAGAGCAUGAGCAGAACAUUCAGCUUCUGCUCCAGCAAAGCCGGGAGCACAUGGAAGAGGGGCAGGCAAACAGCAGGCUUCAAUACCAAGGAAGGAUCCAGGCACUGGAAACAGAAUUGGCCCAUUACAAGAGGGUAAAUCAUGAGCUGACCCAAAGGCUGAGCAUGAGCGAUGUGGAGGGACAAGGCAGAGGCAUGGAAAGAAUCACGUAUGUGGCUGGGGACAGACCUGGUUCAAUUAGAAAACAUGGUGACUUUAGCAAUAAUAGCACGUUGGAACCCAUGCAGAUGGCAGCCUCUGAAAGAAGCCAUAGAAAUGGGGAGGAAGCCAGGGAUUUGGUCCAUGCAGCCUUACCAUCUACCUGGAGACGCUCUUCACUGUCCAGCGCCAACACUUUGGUACCAGAAGAGUUUUGCCAGAAAGAAGCAGACUUUUUAUCCAGAGGUGGCCAGCUUAAGGAAGUAUCCCUGCCACUGAACCUAGCUCCUCUUCUGAAGUCCCACGUGGAGCUAUAUAGGACUGGGCUGACAUUCCCGGAAAUCAUUGAUGUCAGGAAAAACCCAUUCUAGACACUAGCUUCUGCCUGCUGCUCUUGCUCAAAGCUUGGGAGUAGAAAGUAUUGUGUAUAGAACACCUACAAUGUAUUAUUACAAGCUUACUAAAAUGGUCAUUGAUGGCUAUGCUGAAUUUAAAGGUGCAAAUGUCUUCUUAGUUCAAGUUUUAUUUGGGGUAACAAAGCAAACAUGGCAGGCUUUUUUUUCCUGCAGCACCCUUGGUGUUUAGCUGUAGUACGUCCCACAGGUAAGACCACUAAAAAGCCGCCUCUUUGGAGGUAGUAAAGUCAGAAGGAUGCCUAGAAACAUGUAAAUAUUUUAACUAGCCUUUUAUACGGUAGCUUCUAAUAAACCACAGCAACUUUUGUGUAAGAGUCUGUAAUGUUUUA